UAAUUCGGUUAAAUAGUGGAGCAGGCUCGGAGGGGCCGAAUGGCCUACUUCUGUCCCUAUGUUUCUUCUUCAAUUGGGAUGACCUGGAGAAAGCCAAAUUAAAGGCUCAGAAAAGUCAUGACCUGAGGCAGGAGGCGAGUCUCUGUAACCAGCUUGGAGAGGUCCUGGCGAAACAUGGUCAGUUUCAGGAGGCUAUCAGAGAGCACAGGCUGGAGCUGCAGUUGUCGGAGGUGCUCGGUGAUGUGAUUGGCUGUGCUGUUGCUAACCGCAAGAUUGGGGAAUGCCUGGCUGAGAUUGGGAACUACACGGGUGCUCUGGAGCACCAGCGCAGACACCUGCAACUGGCCCGUUCGGUGGCCAACGACAUCGAGGAGCAGCGCGCCUGGGCCACCAUUGGUCGAACGUACCUGUACAUCUUCGAAACAGACCAGUCGUGCGAGUCGUUGAAGGAAGCGGAGAACGCGUUCAGGAAAAGCCUGAACGUUGUGGACGAGAGGCUGGAAGGUAAGGUUUUCCGGCAUGAAUUGAGUGAGAUGCGAGCCAGACUGUAUCUCAACCUGGGCUUCCUGUAUGACAGCCUGAAAGAUCCGGUCAGAUGCAACCACUACAUUCGCAAGAGUGUCUUUAUUGCUGAGCAGAACCAUCUGUAUGAGGAUCUGUACCGAGCUAACUUCAACCUGGGGAGUAUCCACUGGCGCAAUGGCGAGCACUCCAAGGCUGUCCGCUGUUUGGAAGCUGCCAAGGAGUGUGCCAAGAAGAUGAAGGAGAAGUACAUGGAGAGCGAGUGCUUCAGCAGCAUCGGGCAGGUCUUCCUCAACCUCGGAGAUUUCGUGGCUGCCAAGCGAUCCCUGAGGAAGGCGUUUACACUGGGCUCGCUGCAGCAAUCAGAGCACGACUCAGUGAGGAAGAACCUCAAGAACGCUGUAAAAGGGUCUCGAUUGGAGGAGGCCUUAUCUGAACUACCUGAGAAGGAGCAACAGCAAGAUGGGUUGGGACUUUGCGAGCAGCUUGGGGAUCUCUGCUGUAAGGUGGGAUCCUACCGGAAAGCCAUCGAUUAUUACAAGAUGCAGCUGAAGUAUGCGGAGGUGUUGAGGAAGCCUGACCGGGAGCUGGCUGUUAUUCACGUUUCACUGGCCACCACAUUUGCUGACCUGAGGGAUUAUGAACAUUCUAUCGAGCACUAUGAAGCUGAGCUGGUUCUGCGCAAGGGAAACCCCAAGGAGGAGUGCAAGACCUGGCUAAACAUGGCAUUGGCCAAAGAAGAGGGCGGACAAACCUAUGGUGAGCUGGAGGAGUGUUAUCGGAACGCACUGCGGUGUGCUCAACAGGCUCAGCUACCCAGACUGCAGCUCCGAGCAACAAAGCUUCUUCACACGGCACAAGAGAAGAUGGGUCACCCCGAGGCUAAUGUCACCCUUGCCCAGCUUGAGGACCUGUCGGAGGCACUGGGCAGUGAGAGCGGGGAUGAGAGCGAGGCAGAUGAAAUGGAAAACAGUGAAUCUCUGGAAGAUAGUGAGCUGGAGCUCUCUGAUAGUGAUUAUGAUGAUGGCAUAGAAGGUUAUGAGAAAUCUGUCCCAGGACGGAGAAAGAUUAACCAGUGGAACCGCAGGAAUGAGAAGGGGGAGACGGUGUUACACCGAGCAUGCAUUGAAGGCAAUCUGAAACACGUCCAGUGUCUGGUGGAGAAGGGCCACCCCCUGAAUCCCAGAGAUUACUGUGGCUGGACACCAUUGCACGAAGCCUGCAACCACGGCCAUCUGGAAAUUGUCCGUUUGCUGUUGGAUCACCAGGUGAAUGUGAAUGACCCCGGUGGACCGCACUGUGAGGGGAUCACACCUCUUCACGAUGCCAUCAACUGUGGACAUUUCAACGUCGCUGAACUACUGAUUCAAAAAGGAGCAUCCGUGACAGUCAGGAAUGCCAUGGGUCAGACCCCCCUGGAUAGUCUGCACAAGUGGCGUCAGACUUACUUCAAGCACCUUGACCAGGACACCAAGCAGCAGUGUAAACACGUGGAGAAACUGCUGAAGGGCAGCUCCAACAGAGAAGUGCCGCCUGUUCAGGAUUUUCGAGAGAGCGAUCUGUUUGAUUCUGAAAGUUCACAGUCGCUUGAGCCAAUCGAAUCACGUGUCCCCCCUUUUAGCAUUCGUCCUGUGGAAGCGGAGAGCAGAAAUUACCAGAGGGACUUGGGAGGCUCGUGUGGAAAGAGGCAGAAUUUGAGCGCAGCUCCUCUGACCCAGGGGAGGGUGAUCCACAGACUAAGCCAGCAGCACAGCUGUGGGACAACCAGUGGCCCUGGGAUUCCUCUGCUGUCCAGUACACAGAUGACCGCUCAGAACCAGCUGGAUUGUUCCGCUCUAGCUGAGGAGGAGUCUUCUGAAGAGGAUGUCCCCGUCGAGGUGUUCCGACCAGUGAAGAAACAGCACGGGGUCAUAGGGCAGAGGUCACCCGCUGACCCUGGAAGUGCCAAAACCGAUGGUGGCCAAUUGGCAGCCUUGACCGAUGACGAGAGUUCGAGUCAGGAAGAGGCGAGCGAGUGGCAUUCUCCCAGGACAGGGCAGGAAGGCGACUUGGAUAUUCCCAGUGCUGGGACGUCUGCCUAUCAGCGGGCUAUCCGGAAUUUAGGGAGUGCUAAGUCCAGGAUUUUAUCCCAAGCUUUAGCAGAGCCAGCACUUAACGCUGAGCCGCCGGCAAGAAAAUCGGCGUUGAUCCCCGAAAGCGAGUAUGUGGAGGACAGCUGGCUGGAGGAUGACCUGGGCAGCGGCCGGCCCAAGAAGAGAUCGCGGGAACACUGCCGGCUGGGUGGUGCCAAUGGGUCAGAGGAGCCAAGCUGCAGCAGCGAAGACGAGCUCUGCCCGAGUUCAGAGGUCCCUGAAUCCACUGAGAGGCUCACCCUGCAGAGAAAGCGAUCGAGGCAGAUGCGCAUGACCCAGAUAGUGGACAGGGCUGUCGUCGGGCGGACUAGAAACCAAAGGGGCAACGCGAGGACCAUCGCCGAUACAUCUGUUCCUCGUACAUCUGAGAUCAUCUGCGCAACUCGUGUAUCAACAGCACCUGCCAAUUCAUUGAUAUCAGCUCAACCAUUUAUACCACCUGUCAACUCAGCGGCGCCUCCAUCAAUCAGAGUGAAGGUCAAGGUUCAGGAAGACAUCUUCCUGAUUCCGAUACUACACAGUGACAGCGAGGUGCGCACUGUGUCCUGGCUGGCUGAACAGGCCACCCAGCGAUAUUACCAGACCUGUGGACUGCGGCCCAAACUCUCACUGAAGAAGGAAGGAGCACUGCUCGCCCCACAGGACCCCAUCAUCCACGUUUUACAGAACGAUGAGGAGGUCCUGGCUGAGGUCCUGUCCUGGGAUCUGCCUCCACUGACUGAUAGAUAUAAGAGGGCCUGUGACAGUCUGGCACUGGCUGUCAACGGCCUGGUGCUGAGGGUGUGCGACACCCAGGAGAACAGCACCUGUUUCCGAUUGUCCAACCUGUCCUUGAGCACGGAGCACCUGACCCCCAUCCUGCGGGCGCUCAAGCUACAGACCACCACCCGCCAACUCUGCCUGUCCGGCAACCGCCUGGGCGACGCUGCCGUGGAUGAGCUGCUGGCCAGCCUGGUGACCAUGCCCAACCUGACCCUGCUGGACCUCUCGUCCAAUCAGAUCACACAUGAAGGCCUGAGGAAGCUGUGUGAGCCCAGCGCACCCUCCAGGGAAUCCCCCUUUCAGAGUUUGGAGGAGUUAAACCUCAGCCUCAAUCCUUUGGGUGAUGGAAGCUCUCAGUUCAUAGCCUCGCUCAUCAGAUCCUGCCCUCUACUGAGCACCCUCAAACUCCAGGCCUGUGGCCUCACAGCCAAGUUCUUACAGCAUUACCGCCUCCUGCUGGCAGACGCCAUGAAAAGUGCUGUGCAUCUGAAGACACUCUGUCUGUCCCACAACGCCCUGGGUUCAGUGGGAGCAGAGCUGACCUUGCGGAAUCUACCUCACCACACCAUCACCCACCUGGACAUCGCAGCCAUAGUUGGUACCAGCGGUGACACACCACUUAUGGAGCACCUCACCAGGUACCUGUCCCAGAAUGAUUGCUGCCUGACCCACCUUAACCUCUCCAGGAAUCGCUUGACUGAUGAUUCUGUCAGAGAUCUCUCCAGGUGCCUGUUACUGUGUCCAUCCCUGGUAUCACUGGAUGUGUCAGCCAAUCCUGGGAUAACCACAGUGGGAUUGGAAAUGCUGCUAGCCGCUGUGAGAGAGAGGACUUGUGGGAUUCAGUAUCUCAAUGUUUCAGGUUCCUCGGUCCACGGGCCGUCAAACACGGAAACCGUCGGCGUUAAACUCCGGGAGCUGAGGCUCUGCAGCAGCCGACUCAACAAGUAUGACAAGGAGACCCUGCUGAACCGCCGGCAGGAGGAGGCAGGGUGUGAGCUCCACACUGUGUCCUCUCUCCGCAAGUGUCUGAUCAGAGCAGUGCCCAGCAGCCACUGAUAGAACGGUGUGAUCCUUUCGCACCUGUGUCUGUGUUUAUAUGUAACUAGUAUGUAUUUUUAAUUGUGCAUUUUG